CAUUGUUAUGAACGGUCCAUUAUCAUCAUCACAAGUUGUCCACGCUUGCAAUAAGAUUCUUUUUGUUUGUUUAAUAAUUUUGUUUGAAAAUUUUAAAAAUUUAAAAACUUUUGAAAAACUUUUUCAACGCAAAAAUGAAACCUUUAUCACUUAAUGGACAUGAAAGAUCGAUAACAAAAAUUCGAUAUAAUUUGGAAGGUGAUUUGUUGUUUUCUUCGUCGAAAGAUAAUACACCAAAUGUAUGGUAUACAAUUAAUGGUGAACGUUUGGGAACAUUUGAUGGUCAUACUGGUGCUGUUUGGUGUAUCGAUCCUAAAUGGGAUUCAACAAAAGUUGUAACCGGUAGUGGUGAUUGUACUCUGUGUAUAUGGGAUUGUGAAACUGGUUCUCGUUUGGAUUUGAUAAAAACUGAAACAAGUGUUCGUAGUGCAUUGUUUAGUUAUUCGGGAAAUCUUAUCUUGUAUUCAACUGAUCAACAAAUGAAUAAACCAGCUGAAUUGAAUAUUAUUGAUACAAGGAUUGUUGAUUCCCAGCCAAAUGAAGAAGAACCGAAUGCUAAUGUCGAUGAUGAUGAUGAUUUAAAAAAUAAUAUAUUUUCAUUUACAUUACCAUCCAAAUCAAAAGUAUUAUCAACAUUAUGGGGAAUAUUGGAUCAAAGUUUUAUUUGUGGUAUGGAAAAUGGAAAGCUAGCAAAAUGGGAUCUACGACAACCUGGUGAACCAUUAUUGGAAACUGAACCACAUAAAGCACAGAUUAAUGAUCUACAAUAUAAUAAAGAUCAAACAUUUUUCGUAUCAGCAUCGAAAGAUAAUACAGCAAAAUUGUUUGAUCCAUUUACAUUGGAACAUUUAAAAACAUAUGUAACCGAGCGGCCAGUAAAUUCAGCAAGUAUAUCACCAAUAUUGGAUCAUGUUGCUGUUGGUGGUGGACAAGAAGCAAUGGAAGUAACCAGAACUGCAUCGGAAUCUGGAAAAUUUGAAUCACGUUUUUUCCAUCUAAUUUUUGAAGAAGAAUUUGCUCGUCUAAAAGGACAUUUUGGUCCAAUACAAUCAUUAGCAUUUCAUCCGGAUGGUAGAAGUUUUGCAACCGGAGCUGAAGAUGGUUAUAUCCGAAUACAAUCAUUUGAUGAUAGUUAUUUUAAUUUUAAAAUGGAAUAUGAAUGAAUAAUUUUCUCAAAAAUUAC